AUGGGCAAGCACUCGCAAUAUGGAGUGAUCCUCGACGCGGGGUCAUCAGGAACUCGCCUCUACGUCUACAAGUGGAAACAUCCCGUCGUGGCCAGGAAAAAUGCUUCUGCUCCGGCAUUGCGAAGCCUGCCGAAAUUGAAGCUGAAGAAAAGCAAGAAGAUACACCCGGGCCUCGCCACGUUUGCUCACGAUGCGGCACUAGUUGGUCGCGAACACCUCAAGCUUCUCAUGGAUGUGGCCUUGAAUGAGGUACCCAGGGACAAAAUCGCAGAAACUCCGAUAUACUUGCUGGCUACAGCAGGCGUUCGACUACUGCCAGAGCAUACGCAGGCAUUUCUCCUUCAGAAUGCUUGUAGUUAUCUGCAAACGACCAAGUUCCGCCUGCCUAACUGCCGUGAACAGGUUCGAGUGAUAACGGGCGAGACGGAAGGUCUCUAUGGCUGGAUCGCAACAAAUUAUCUUCUAGGUGGAUUUGAUCAGCCCAAAGAGCACGCUCAUGGUAAAGGCCACCAUACCUACGGUUUCCUCGACAUGGGUGGUGCUUCGGCCCAGAUCGCUUUUGCUCCCAACACCACUGAAGCUGAACGUCACGCAAACGACCUUAGAUUGAUUCGCAUGCGGCGGUUGGACGGGUCCCCAAUGGAAUACAAAGUUUUCACCGCGACGUGGCUGGGCUUUGGCGCUAACAGAGCGCGGGCACGAUACAUCCAAAGCCUGGUGGAAAGCUAUGGCGAUCUUGUUGAUGAAAUACCUGACCCUUGCAUGCCCAAAGGGCUGCGAAGCCUGAUAGCAAAAUCACACGUUGCCGAAUCGCACAAAAAAGGGCAAAGUUUGAUUGGCACUGGUGCCUUUGAUGAGUGUCUGAAGAAAACCUACCCGUUGCUUCGGAAGGACGCACCUUGCGAAGAUCACCCCUGCCUCCUCAAUGGGCAACAUGUUCCUGCGAUAGAUUUUGAAGUUAAUCAUUUCGUCGGCAUUUCGGAGUACUGGCAUGCUACCCACGGUGUCUUUGGAAAGGCACAAACAGCGUAUGAUCUAGCGACUUUUCAGCGCAAAGUCAUGGAGUUCUGCAACCGAGACUGGGCAACCAUAGAGGGCGACAUGGUCAAACGGAAGAAGUCAAUCGAACAAAAGGUCGAAGACGCACGGAAUGCGUGUUUCAAAGCAUCCUGGCUGAUCAACAUGCUGUACGAAGGGAUAGGAAUUCCUCGGCUCGGCAUAGAGCCGACAAAUCUAGCCGGCGUCAACACAACAAACGAGGGUCAUGACAUUGCAAAGCAAAACUUCAUGGGUCCCUUUCAGCCGGUCGAUACAAUCCAAGGCGUGGAAGUGAGCUGGACACUUGGGAAAAUGAUUCUGUAUGCUGCCGGUCAAAUCAUGCCGGACAAACACUCCCUGCCCGUCGGAUUUGGGAGCAACGUAGCACCGGGGAUUCCUUCAGACUUUGAGAAUGCUGGAUCUGCCCCCCUCUCAACCACCUUUGAUGCAGUUGACGAUGAUUCUGACUCCGACAGCAUUACCUUUUUUACUGGCCAUGCAUUGUCUAGCAUCCUGGGCGUCAUUAUUUUCGCCAUCAUAGUACUGUAUUUUUGUCACAAGCCUGAUCGACUACGUCGGAUUCUUAGAGCCGUUCCCUGGCGAUGCCGCCAUCCAAAGCGCAAAUCGAAGCCGUGGUUGGGACUGACCAGGAAGGUGUUUGGUCGCUGGACUGCACACUACGACCGAAUACUGGAAGAAGGAGACGCUGACGAAUAUGAACUGGAUGCGGCUUUUGAUCUGGUGGAUGGUUCAGAUGGUGGCGAUGGACAUGGGAACGGAGGACCGAAAGUCAAUGUGGAACGAGGUGAUGAUGUCAAUCCUCCAUCUGUGAUGGACCGGCAUGGGCUCGUGCUGCGAACAGAAAGUAGGGAACGUCUCACGACUAAUCUGCAGAUGUUGAAUGCUGGGAAGAGGAGCAGAGCGGGCAGCCCAACUCGGUCAAAGGGCCCUCCUAUGACUCCUUGGCAAGAUUCUUUGAGGACAACAUGA